AUGGCCUGUGAGAAAUUCAAAUAUGGUGGCUGCCUGGGAAACCCUAACAAUUUCUUUACCGAACGGGAAUGCCUCCAGACAUGCAGGACUGAGGGUUCGUAUAGGCUGGUGAAGCCAUUCCAAUAUCAAGCUGCUUGCCGUUUGCCCAUUGUAACAGGCCCAUGCCGAAUGUCUGAAACCCGCUGGGCGUUCGACUCAGCCCAAGGCAAAUGCAUCACUUUCCUGUAUGGAGGCUGUAAAGGAAACGGCAAUCACUUCUACACAGAGAAGGAGUGCAAGGAGUACUGUGGGGUUCCCACAGGAGGUAAGUGCACAGAUAGUGGACGUUUAUAG